AUGAUAUUUCGUACGGCUGUGUUCAUAUCGUUGCCCAUCCUCAUAAGCGCUAUGGUCAUUUGGCCAGAAAUCACACAAGAAGAUGGUCACUUCCUUCGUCCAAAACCGAGAAACUGGAGAGAGAAACAUCUCGGACAGUGGUGCCGAAACUUUACGAUCCAUAAACACACUCAGUGUCCAGAAGCAACGAUGUUCCAUGAAUACCAUUGUUGCGGAGAUACAAGCACAGAAUGCUGCUUUGCCGUACAAGGAUGGCUCUAUGUGGUUGGUGGAAUCUCAUCAAUCACAACGACGGCCAUUUUCAUUUUUUAUUUAUUAUUAAAAAUGAAUAAAAUAUGUCUACCAAAUAAUUACACUAAUAAGCCUGUGUAUGUUGGUGGACAACUUUGA